GCUGCUGGCAGGUCAACGGGGGCUUCAACUUUUUCUUUUUUUAUUGACUUAGUUCAAAUUAAGGAAUUUUCCAGGUAAUAUGUAAAUACUUAUUUUUAGGCAAUCAAGGUUACGGUAACGUAACACUGUAAAGUAAGAGCCCCGUGAAUGUGAGUCGCCAAACUGCCUACAGAGAUCUAAUGGAGGACGACACAUCAGACGAGGCCUUAGCUGAUCUAAAAUCCAGGCAGCUUGGAGUUUGGGGUGUUGCUCAGAUCACUGCUGGUACUGGCCUGGCUGUAUAUGCUAUGUGGGUGGGAAUCCUUCAGCCAGGCUUCAGAAAAGUCCCUUUGAGGCUUCAGGUCCCCUACAUUCCUGCCAGCAAAGCCCAAGUAAAUAAUGUGAUGACAUUGCUGAGAGGUCGGAAGGGAAGCCUUAUGGAUCUGGGAUCUGGAGAUGGCCGGAUUGUCUUGGAAGCCCACCGGCAUGGUUUCAGUCCUGCUGUUGGUUAUGAGCUCAACCCCUGGCUCAUUCGCCUAGCCCGCUUUUAUGCCUGGAGAUCAGGGCAACAAGGAAAAGUGUUUUAUCGACGAGAAGAUCUCUGGAAGGUAGAUUUGUCAAAAUGCAAGAACGUGACAGUGUUCUUGGCUCCCAGUGUGCUUUCAUUAUUACAGGACAAGUUGCACGCUGAGCUUCCUGAUGAUGCUUUAGUGAUAGCUGGUCGUUUUCCCCUCCCAGAUUGGCAACCCUGCAGGAUUGAGGGACACGGUGUGGACAGAGCAUGGGCGUAUACCAUGCAAGCGCAAAGACAACACACUUUUAGGAAAAAUGAUAAUCUCAUGGCAACAGGAAACAACCCUGUUAAUGAAAUAACCAAGACAAAAGAAAUCAAUUGAUUUUAUCUGAUUAUAGUAUAAAAAUGUCUGAAUUGAAUUACUGAAGACUUUAAUCUUAAUUUGACUGACUACUUUUUAAUUCUAUCUCCAAAAUUGGAUUUUGAACAAACUCUUGUUCCCCUUUGCAGUUACCCUGAAAUAAUAGUGCAAUCCAUGCACAAAUGCUAUCAUCUGUAAUUUUAAAUAGCUGUUUCUUUAAUUGGUUAUUCACAAUCUGUAAAUCCAAAAAAAAAAUCAUUAGCAAAAUAUACAGUUCAGGUUGUAAGAAGGUAUAAAAAUGUUGUAAUUGCCUUUUAAGGAUAGAAAGCUAUUUAAGCAUUUAGGAUUACAGUGAUUGCAAUGACUGGGAAUGUACACCAGCAUUUAAAUGUUAAAGUUUAUUUGCUUUUACUGUGUACAUAUAUGCCAGAAAACCAAAAGCAUUUACUAUUAGAUUUUAGAUGGAUAAAAUCCUAAAUUUAAUGAUGCAGCUUUCUACAGCUGUAGAGAUACAGAUGUAUCUCUUGAAAAUAAAAAUGAAAUGCUUUUUUCAUCGAUGGUCAAAGGUGAUGUAACUUAUAGUAUAACACAUUCACAAACUCCAAAGGAAAAAGUAUUAUUGAAAUAACAGUUAUUAUACUUUUUUAUGUAUUUAUUCAUCCUUGGAAUAAUUUUAAAUAUGACAAAUCAAAUUAUUUUAUUACAUAUUGUAAUAAAACAAGUUGCUGUUUUGCGUUUCUUGUUGUAUGGCAUAGAUGGCACUAUAUACAUAUUAUAUACUUGUAUGUGCUCUUAAAGUAUUAAAUAUUUUACUCUGUUCUAUCAAUGGACAAUAAAUCCCCUUUGUCAUG